AUGGAGACCAGUGGAGGCGUAAGGAAUCAGGUCUUUGCCACCGGUGUCAUGAACAUCAUCAAUCUGUCCCAUGGAGCCGCACUGGGAUGGGUAUCACCUUACCUCCCGGUGUUGAUGUCGACGGAGGAACCGAUUUUGGCAACUGGCCCAGUAACCGUCGAGCAGGGUUCAUGGAUUGGAUCUAUCCUUUGCUUAGGAGCUCUCUUUGGAGCAUUCCUAUACGGAUACCUCGUGGACAAAGUUGGUAUCAAGCGCACUUUGCAAGCACUCGUGGUUCCUCAUUCGUGCUUUUGGAUCAUAUCCUACCUAGCUACAUCUGUCUAUCAACUGUAUCUGGGACGAUUUUUGGCGGGGGUUACAGGUGGAGGAAUUAUCGUUGUGUUUCCUCUAUUCAUCGCAGACAUCUCGGACAAACAAAUUCGCGGUAUCCUUGGUUCCGUUCUGGCGCUCACUAGCAAUGGAGGGAUCUUACUGAUUUACAUCAUCGGUGACGUACUGCAUUACCACACGGUAGCACUAACUAUGCUAUCCUUGCCAGUGAUGUUCACCGUCCUUAUGUUUUUUGUACCCGACACACCUCAAACCUGUCUGAAGAUGGGUAAAGUGGUGAAGGCGGAACGUUGCUUCAUGUUCUACCGUGGUAUCCGACCAUCAGGCGAUGGAACAUCUGCCGUCCGUCAAGAGUUUGACAAUAUGAAAAAGUUUAUCGAACACAGUACGGGGCAGAACUCGCGUGUUACUUUGGAUGACUUCCGAUCCAGAGAGGCUAAGCUGGGAAUGUUCAUUGGCGUGUUUCUCAUGUUCAUCAAUCAGUUCUGCGGUGUCUUCGCCAUCCUUACGUACGCCGCUUCGAUCUUUGAGGAGGUUGGAUCUACCCUCAGCCCAAACACGUCGGCCAUCAUCAUGGGCACAAUACAGAUCGUGGGGACGCUAUCAUCUUUCAUAUUUGUCGAUCUAGCUGGCCGGAAGGUCCUGUUACUGAUCUCAACGGCUGGAACUGGUAUGGGUCUUCUCCUGUUGGCUGCUUUCAACUGGCUCACCUUCAACGAUCCCUACUGGCUGGCCAACUACAGCUGGUUCCCGAUCGUGAGCCUCUCCGCGACGGUCUAUCUCUUCUCCAUUGGGCUGUGCAACAUUCCGUUCUUUGUUCUACCAGAAAUACUCCCGGCAAAGAUUUGUAAUGUCGGAAAUACUCUUAGUAUGGUUUCGAUAACCAUUUUCUCCUUCAUCAGCCUGAAGAUAUUCCCAGUCAUGGUGGAAGUAAUCAACCUGUACGGUGCCAUGGGACUCUUCGCAGGAAUUUCUUUCUUAGGUGUAAUCGUCAUCGCGUUUGUUGUACCAGAAACAAAAGGCAAAAAUCUAAUCGCUCCACAGAGUGUCUAAAAGUGUUGUACAUUUAAACUAAUUUUGUUUUUCGUAAUAGAAUAAUCAAUAUUGUUUAAUAUUCCAUCUGGUGUCUGUUUCAAUAUGUUGAGAAAAAUAAAGUUUCAAUGAAAGCUUUGUUAUAUUUUACCAGGACAUCAUUUUUUGAUUU